GCUAAAUGACGGCGGUGUGUAGCAAUGAGAAAGCCUUUUUGUGUGUUGUCAACGUAUAAAAGACAUUUCUGCCGCAGUUUCUUUCUUUGGAAUAAUGUCGGCUGAAUAUGACAAUAGAGACAAUGGCCCCGAGGGCAUGGAGCCAGAUGGCAUCAUUGAGAGUAACUGGAAUCAGAUCACGGAGAGUUUUGAUGAGAUGAACCUGAGAGAGUCCCUGCUCAGGGGAAUUUAUGCCUAUGGUUUCGAGAAGCCCUCCGCUAUCCAGCAGAGAGCCAUUAUCCCUUGUAUCAAGGGCUACGAUGUGAUCGCUCAGGCCCAGUCUGGCACUGGGAAGACUGCCACCUUUGCCAUCUCCAUCCUCCAGCAGACUGACGUGGACCUGAAAGAGACCCAGGCUCUGGUCCUGGCUCCCACCAGGGAGCUGGCUCAGCAGAUCCAGAAGGUGGUGCUGUCCCUGGGUGACUACAUGGGAGCCGUUUGCUACGCCUGCAUUGGAGGGACCAGCGUCCGCACCGAGGUCCAGAGGCUGUCCUGUGAGGCCCCUCACAUCGUUGUGGGAACCCCCGGUCGUGUGUUUGAUAUGAUAUCCCGUGGAUCCUUGUGUCCCAAGUUCAUCAAGAUGUUUGUCCUUGAUGAGGCUGAUGAAAUGCUGAGUCGAGGGUUCAAGGAUCAGAUCUAUGACAUCUUCAGGAAAAUGAACAGCAGCGCCCAGGUCGUCCUGCUGUCAGCCACCAUGCCUGCUGAGGUGUUGGAGGUCACAAAGAAGUUCAUGCGUGAUCCAGUCAGGAUCCUGGUGAAGAAGGAGGAGCUGACCCUCGAGGGUAUCCGCCAGUUCUACAUCAACGUGGAGAAGGAGGAGUGGAAGCUGGACACGCUGUGUGACCUGUACGAGACUCUGACCAUCACUCAGGCCGUCAUCUUCAUCAACACGAGGAGGAAAGUGGACUGGCUCACUGAGAAGAUGCACGCUAGAGACUUCACAGUCUCUGCUCUGCAUGGUGACAUGGACCAGAAAGAGAGAGACCUGAUCAUGAGGGAGUUCCGCUCCGGCUCCAGUCGAGUCCUCAUCACCACUGACCUGCUGGCCAGAGGCAUUGAUGUCCAGCAGGUGUCUCUAGUUAUUAACUACGACCUGCCGACCAACAGAGAAAACUACAUCCACAGGAUUGGUCGGGGCGGUCGUUUCGGCAGAAAGGGAGUAGCCAUCAACAUGGUGACCGAGGACGAUAAACGCACCCUGAGAGACAUCGAGACAUUCUACAACACCACCAUCGAGGAGAUGCCCAUGAACGUGGCCGACCUGAUCUAGAAGAUUCCUCACGCCCUCUGUCCUCCCCCAUCCCGCUUAUUUUAGAUGUCAAAACCUUGUUUCUUAUACGAUCUGAUUCUAAGAACUUGUUUUGCUAAAUUCAGCCUCGACUUUCCCCCCCUCCAUCAUAAAGGAAAGGAAGAAACGCAGCCACCUCUCCUUCCUUUCCUCUCAGAUAGAAUCAGCCAUAUUGGAAGGAUGAUUAUUGACCUGUUUCAUGUGUUUGCCAUAGUCCAUGACCCCCACAUCAGCACCCAAAUUCUUCCUGCAGCUGUCAAAUUUGAAUUUUCAUCACAGAGGACUUUUAACAGUUUGUACUGGGGUCCAUCCAGAGCUAAACAGGAACCGCGUUUCCAAAAGCACAUAAAAAAAAGGUUCAAAAUUUUAAAACAUGACUCGGUUGUGUAAGCGUUGUGCAUGUUAGAGAAACUGUGAAAUGUGGCUGCCAGUGGACAGAUUUUGACCACAGCUUGGUUUGGACUCGGACCAUAACAUGCUGCAUUUGACCAGAUCAGUAUUUACACAACUUUCAGUGUACUUAAAAACAUCAUGAUCAUGUUGAGAAGAGCGGUCUGGGGGCCAGAGUACACAGGGCAUACUCAAUAAAAAGACCUGUAUAGUAAAACUCCA